AUGGGAGGAGUUUCACGGGGCAGCACUGGGAAGGAAGGGAUGUGCUCAACGAGUGGUGGUGGGGAAGGUGGGCGUUUCUUGAAUAUUCGUGGGAAGGAGAGGGCUGAAAGAGGGGGAGUGGAGGCGGAGAGAAGGGAGGGGUUUGGGAGGAGGGACGGAGGCGAUAUUGAGGAAGCUUUUGUGGCGGAUGAGAGGGGAGGUGAGAGGGGGGAUGAGGCGUGGAGGGAGCGAGGUGAGGUGGAGAGAGGAGUUGGAGCAAGAAUAGAAGAGUUGGGUUCUGCCGGUGCAGGGGAGGAGAGAGAUGAGGACGAGAGAGAGGGAGAGGAGGAGGAGGAGGAGGAGGAGGAAGAGGAAGAGGAGGAGGAAGAGGACGAGGAGGAGGAGGAGUUAGGCGCCGAGCAUCCAACCAACUCCUCUGACAGGCCUCCAAAUUCAGCCAAGUCAAGCCAGUCAACAGGAGUCACACGGAGAGGUACGGAGGCUUCAUUUGCACCAGGGAAAGGGACAGGAGGAGCGACUGGGAGAGCGGCAUGGGGGGCAACAACGCGGGCGAUGGCGGGGGAAGCAGGGGCGAAGGGGUUUAGAGCAAUGGGGAGGGAAGAGGAAGUGGUGGUGGUGAUGGUGUGUGAGGAUACGGGGUGUGGCAUUCCGUCUCAGGAGCUGCUCUGGGUGCUGGACCCUGCCGGCCAGACCACCAGCAGCAACAGCAGCAGCAGCAGCGGCGGCGGCGGCGGCGGCGGCGGCAGUGGGGUUACUGGUGCGGUCAGUGGCAGCAGCGAGAAGAAGGGGGUGCAGAGCGGUGACGAGGCGGUGCAGGGUGCGAAGAAGGGGAUGCAAAGUGGUGGAGAGGUGUUGCAGGGGCAGCCGGAAUGGAGCCCGUAUCCUGUUCGGUUCCUCCUAUCCACUGGGCUGGUUCGUCUCAUGCGGGGAUCCAUGGGAGUCGCUUCGGAAGAGGGUGUAGGGACCACCAUCCUAGUCAGCCUGCCAAUGAGAGCGCGACACCUGGCAGGAGAAGACACCUCCCCACUGGAUGAAACCACGACUGGGGAUGCCGGGCCUUGGCUGGAGGCUCGGCGGAGCGUUCUAGGUUCGGUCCGAGGCAAGCGCGCGUUGGUUGUGGAUGGGAUGAGGCUGAGACGAGAGGCUGUGUGCGAGUGUUUAAGGUACCUUGGGAUCUCCGUGGCUGUAGCUGCUACAGCCAGCCAGGCGGGGUUUCUGUUGAUGGGUAGCCGCAGCUGUAGCAGUGGCAGGAGCAGUUGGAAGGAUGACUCGGGAAGGAGGAGAGCGAGGGUGGGAGACGGGGAAGAGGAGGAUGAUGAGGGAGAGAUGGGGGAGGAGGACGAGGAGGAAGAGGGGGAAGAGGGAGAUUUUGAGGAGAGGGAGGUGGGUUGGGAGGAGGGGAAGAGUAUUGGUAACGGCAACGGUAGCAGUAAUAAUGUCGAUGGUAACAGCGGCAGCCAUGCUGUGUCUGUUCCACAGCGCAGCAAUAGUGUUGCUGCAUCAGCUACCAAGCGGAGCAACAACCGAGUGACUCUUGCCGUUCCCACAAGUCCUGCCAAGUCCCUUGCAGCAACUGAGAGGCCGAUGGGUUUCAGUAUAGACGAAGGCGAGGAGGGGAGUGGUGCGACGGGUGAGGAGGAAGAAAGGAAGGGAGAUGAAGGACAGGAAGUAGGGGAGGGGAGGAAUGGGGAGGAGGGAGGGGAGGGAGAGGAGGGAGGGGAGGGAGAGGAAGGAGAGGAAGGAGAGGAGGGAGAGGAAGGAGGGCAGAGGAGUUGGGACGUAGUGUUUAUAGAAGCAGAUGCGUUCGGCCCGGCAACAGGAUUUGGGUUCGGCAAGCGGGUGAUCUCACACUGGCGGCACCUGCAGCGCCACGGCGGGCGAGAAACGCCGCCACCGUCCCCCACCACUCCGCACCCCUCCUCCUUCCGUUCGAGCUCGUCCGCCCCUACAGCGCCCAGCGCCCCAGCCCAGGAGCAGGACGAGGAGGACCUUCCCAAGCAGCUCUUCUCCCGGCUAGUGCUCGAAGAUGCAUCGGCGGUCCUGCGAGAGAUGCUGGGCGGGAGGGAUGUGCUGGUGGUGGAUGACAACGCCGUGAACCGUGUGGUGGCUCGGAAGAGCCUGGUGGGGCUGGGGGCGCGCGUGGAGGUGGCUGCCAGUGGGGAGCUGGCGCUUCAACGCCUGCUGCACCCACACAGCUUUGUGCUCGCACUCGUGGAUAUCAACAUGCCUCCAGGGAUCGACGGGUAA